AUGGAAGUUCAAAAAGAUGCAUUCUCUCAAUUCCAAGAUUAUAAUCUAAGAUCUCCUGCUGAUUUUGAAAAAGCAGAAAAGCAUGGGGUAUUCCAUAAUCAUUAUUAUUAAAGAAAUCUCAAACUAUUUAUCAAAGCAUUAUACAGCAAUCAGAAAGAUGUUCAUGUUGUAAUAAUCCAAUUUAGACUAUUCCAUAUUCAAUUUCAUGCAAUUUAAAAGUUUUUAGUUAACAUGGAUAUGCUUUCAAAUAUUUCAACUAUAUUAAAUUGAACUUUCUGUUGUUAUUAAUAGGAUUGUAAAAUAUUAUUGUUUAUAUAGUCUUAUUUUUGGGAUAUAUAAUAUUUAAGAGAAUCUAAAAGGAAAUUAAUGUAACUAGCAUAAAGAUUGCAAAAAAAAUUUAAAUAAUUAUUCUUCCCUUCUAAAUAGAAUGGAUAAUGACUAGUAUAAAAUUUUAUUAGAUUUUCCAGGUUUUAAGAUAUUUAUUUAGACCUCUUGUAUUUUAUAGCAAUAUUAGUUUAAAUUUGUUUUAUUGGAUACAUUACUUAUUAUAAAAAUGCUUGCCUAAAUGUAGACAAUGAUUAAGAUAUCGAAAAGAUAAUAAAGUAUUGUUCUGUGAAAGUAUCUUAAAUUCCAAGAAAUUGGGAAAGGGAAAAGAUUUAAGAGUUUUUUAGUUAAGGAAUGUGGGAGAAAAAAAAAAUUAUUUAUAAUAUCCUUGAUAUUUGUAUGAUAUAUGAUCAUGAAUACUUGGAAAAUCAAUUUAAAUAAAAAAUAAAAUAAUAGUUAACAAUAAUUUAAAAUUAAAGCAUGUAAAUAUAUUUAGAUAAAAUAGAUCUUUGAAAGAAGUGAUAAGUAAAACUGUUAACAUUUAUAGUGUUCUUUAGGAUGAGACUUUAUUAAUGUUCAAUGGAACAGCUAUUAUUACUUUUACAAAUUAAGUAAUUUAUAUAAUUUAAAAAGGCUGAUUUAAUAAAAUUUGUAAAAUAUUUUAGAUGGGUUUUAAUACCUAAUAGUUUUAAAUUAGAAUCACCACCUAGACCUUCAGAUGUUAUUUGGCAUAAUAACUCAUCUUUUUCAAAACUAGAGUAUUUAAAAUUAUUCUUUAUUUGUUUUGGCUGGCUUCCUAUUAUUGGUAUUUAAGUUGCAAAAUACAAUUAUCUGUCAGAAAAUGGUAAUCCUGAUAGUUCUACUUCCUAUUAAAGUACUUUAUUAAGUUUAGCAAUUUCACUUCUUUUAUAUCUGCUUACCUAAUUUUGUGAAAAUUCAAUAUCUUAAUUUUUUAAUUUGAAAGAUUUUAAUUCAAAUCGUUAAAAGAAGAGAAUAUUUAUGCUUUUUAAUGAAACAAUAGUAAUUUAAUAUUUUUAUUUAAUUCCUCCAAUAUUUGUUGGAGUGUAUUCUGGUAGUGGAACUCGUCAAUAAAAACUUUGGAGAUCAGGAGGAUUAAGUGAAGAUAUAAUUUUUAUCUAAUUAUCAAACGCAAUCUUUCCUAUAAUUUUCAGUAUAAUUGAUGUUACAUAUGGAUUAUAAUUAUUAAAAAGAUUUUGGUUUAGAAAAAUUAAAAAGAAUUCUGAUUUAACUUAGAUUGAGGCAAAUCAAUUAUAUGAACGCUAACUUGAUUUUUAUAAAAAAAGGCUUUCAAUUACACAAUUAGUUUCAAUUUGCUGUUACUAUGGGUAUAUUUAUCCUAUAUGUUAUUUUAUAACUCUCUUAGCUCUUAUUGUUAUCUAUUGGAUAGAAAAAUAUAAUAUGAUUAAAAAUGGAGUAAGUUCUAAAAUUACAACCAAAUUCCAUAUAUCUAGAUAUAAUUUGCUUGCAUUUUUAAUAUUUUAAUUACUUUCAAACUAGAUUUUUCAUAUAGCAUUUUGGUAAUUUGAUUAUAAAAGUAUUACUAACUAUAUCUAUGCCAUUUAAUAUAUGUUUCUUAGUUAUAUUCUUAUAACAAAAAAAGAAUGUGUUAUAAAAAAAAGAAUUUAAAGAACUUAUGAUGAAAAAAUGCUUUAAGAAACACUUAAGUACUAUGACCUUUAUACGAAACAUAAUCCAAUAAUAAAUAAUCAAAUGUAAAUUUGUUUCAAUUCAAAUAUAAACUAAAAUUUUGAAGAAUUAGAAUAAUUAAUAAGAUAUUCAAGAUAAGAAAAAUUCUAUUCAUUACUUCAAUUAAAAUUAUAUAGAGAACUAGUAGAGGAAAGUGUAUGUAAAUCUUAUUUAUUUAGAAUUCAAAAGAUUAGGCCAGAAUACACCCUGGCUAAACUGAAAUAGUAUCCUUAAGAUUUUAAGAAUGA